AAUUAUACGUGUAAAAAAUUUCUUUUUAUUUUAUUUUAUGCAUGACUGCUGUGCUAUUUAAAAUAAUGACUACCUUUAGUCACUGACUGCGUUUGUAUGUGUGUGAUAAACCAAAGUUUCUUUAGAUUCCGCGAAGAGAUCCGUGUGAAAUCUUAAAUGACAGUAUAAUAUCUUUUAUUGUUGCCUGUUUAGCAAGUAGAUUUGCCACAUUGUUUCCCCCCUAUAAACCGCGCUGAUCCUUACCGUGUAAUGUAUAUUGCUAUAUUCUCUGUUGUACAAUAGUUAUUAAAUUAUUGUUAGAUAAAUAUAAUUAGAAUCUAUUUGUGCAACAUUGAAAUAUAGUUAGACAAAGCGAGGACUUAAGUGCAGUGUUUAAGAUGUAACAGAACAUUGUUAAAGUUAUUAAAAGAUUUUAUUUUGAUAAAAGGAUAUAGCGAGGUUCGAAUUCAAUAUUUAUCACAGAACAAAUUAAAAUUACUAGGAUAAUAUAUUCAACAAGAGGAAAUAGAUAUCAGUGAGAACUGGCGAGCGUGUCUCACAAUUUCGAAAAUUCUUCUAUUCUAUUGUUAGAAUAUACCCAAUUGUUCAUAUCUUGACUUUACUGAAUUGUGAAAAGUAUAGAAAAAAUAGCAACUACUAUUCUUUACUCUCACUAUUAAUUUUUUUGCAUUUAGAUACCAACAUUAUCUAAAUCCUAGAAGUAUAGUAUAUUAGAAAUGGGAUUUUUCCAAUUUUCUUUAUAAAAAGAUUUUACAGAAAGAUCUAUAGAAAUUUGAAAAUCAAGUAGUUCUAUUUUCAAAGAUAUGAAUUUAGUGGCAUGAUGAUUUUGAUUUACUUAAUUUUAUUACUAUCUCUUAUAAGAAAACAAUUAUCAUUUAUCGUUGAGUGAGAAACUAAUAUGUAUAUCGUAUAACGAAUGUAAACUGUACAUUAGGGUUAUCGAGAACGAUAACGACGUCAUGCUUUUCUUCAAUUCCAUUUCGCAAACGAAACUCCUCAUAUAGUUCUCAUAUAGACACCAGUGAAGUUAAAAAGUGUGGAUAAUAAUGGAUAAAGAUCUGCGGCGAACUUGUCAAAAAUUGUGGGGAGGUCGAUUUGCUGAAGAUGUUGAUCCUGAUUUUCAUAAUCUAAAUUCAUCGAUUGAUAUUGACAAGCGAAUGUAUGUUGAAGAUAUACAGGGGAGUAUAGCGUAUGCGUGUGCUCUUUGCAAGAUAAAUCUCCUCACGCAGAAAGAGAUGCAAAUGAUAAAAGUGGCUUUUAAACAGAUACAAGAUGAAUGGGACAAUAGCAAUUUUAUUAUAAAUCACGAAGAUGAGGAUAUACACAGUGCCAACGAACGUAGACUUGCAGAAUUAAUCGGUGAUAUAGGGAAGAAACUACAUACUGGUAGAAGCCGUAAUGAUCAGAAUGUAACCGAUACCAAAUUAUGGCUUAGAAAAUCCAUCGAUAAGCUUUUAUUAAGAGUCAAGAAGUUUGUUGAGAUUCUCAUAAUUCAAGCGGAACAAGAUAUAGAUAUACUUAUGCCUGGAUAUACGCACAUGCAAAGGGCACAGCCAAUUAAAUGGAGUCAGUGGUUACUAAGCUACGCUUGGUAUAUGAAACAAGAUUUGGAAAGACUACUAGAGGUUCGUAAACGUGUGAACAUUUUACCCCUUGGUAGCGGUGCGAUAGCAGGAAAUCCUUUUUCAAUUGAUCGUCAGUUUUUGGCCACAGAGCUUGGAUUCGACGAAAUUACUCAAAAUAGUAUGCAUGCUGUUGGAGAUCGAGAUUUUGUUGCUGAAUUUCUAUUUUGGUCGUCAUUAUCAGCAGUGCAUUUGAGCCGUUUUUGUGAAGAUUUGAUUAUAUACAGCACGCAGGAAUUUAAUUUCGUCAAAUUUGCUGAUAAAUAUUCUACUGGUAGCAGUUUAAUGCCCCAAAAGCGCAAUCCGGAUUGCAUGGAAUUAAUACGAGGGAAAACUGGUACUUUACUAGGAAAGUGUACCGGCUUUAUGACAACACUGAAAGGAAUUCCAUCAACAUACAACAAAGAUCUUCAAGAAGAUAAAGAGAUAUUAUUUCAGACAUACGAUACGUUAUAUCAAAUGUUCGUUGUUGCUGAGAAAGCAUUAACCACCUUGAAAAUAAAUACAGAAGAGUGUAAGAAAGCUUUGACUUCUGAUAUGCUUGCAACCGACAUGGCAUAUUAUCUUGUUGCCAAAGGCAUCCCUUUCCGAGAAAGUCAUCACCUGGUUGGAAAGGCUGUCUCUCUGGCCGAAUCACACGGAAUAUCUAUAUCAGAAUUGACUGUGUCACAAUUAAAAACAAUAAGCGAAGCAUUUGAAGAUAACGUAUCACGCAUUUGGGACUUCAACUCCAGCGUGGAUCAAUACCAAACUACAGGUGGAACUAGUUUAAAAGCAGUGCAACAGCAGAUUAAUAGUUUGCGAUCUUGGCUACGUGAUUUUCCAUUUAUGAAAUAACUACAUUCCUAAAGUAACUAUUUUAUCUUUUAUCAGCGCAGCCAGAGAAACAACAUGGAAUUUUAUUAAUAGAAUAAAUUAUAUUACUUUUUCCCGCCAGUAUAAUAUCAUGAUAGCAAUAAUCAAGUAUAUUUUUACUUAUUAUUUGUUACUACUUGAUACGCUUAUCAAGUGCACGAUGUAAACUAGACCAUUGUCAUAUAUAAUGCCAUUGUAUAAUAUUAUGUAUAAUACCAUGUAUAAUAUGUAGGUACAUACACCUUAAGCGUGGCUAUGCUAUUGGCUCCAGCGUGUUCUAUGAACAGUCUGGUAGCGUUUGCGUUGGUAGCGCAACAAUAAACUCCCCAAAUGCACCCUAUAGGUUUCCAAUACUAACUAAAGGUGAAUAUUGAGAAUAUAGCUCAUAAGUACAAUUGUUUUAAAGACAGUUGUUUAUAUUCGUAACUGGGAUAACAUAAGGAUAUAAAGAAAUAGGCUGAUAGUUCUCGUCACACUCUUAACCAAUUCUCUUUUGCAUAAGUAUAUGAGUGAAUAUCUCAGUAGAAUGCAGAGCCCAUAUUUCUAAGCUAAAACGCUGAACUUGUUUAACCUUACUUUAACAAAUGCUUAUAAAUAUAACUGAAGAUAGAAUCGACCGUUUCACACAAUUUAUGACAUUGCAAUUUGAAGUUUCCACGCAACGAAAUAUAUAAAGUUUCAUCCAAUUUGGUAAGAAAAUUCCUUUCCUUCGUAAUUAUGGUUUUCUAUAAUUGUAUGUAAUCGCAUAUUGAAAUAUACGAGGACAACUCAAACGUA